UAGAAGUUACAAGUGUGUGUGCAUAGCAGUAGCAAUGGUAUCAUUGAAGGUGCAGAAGCGGCUGGCUGCAAGCCUCCUCAACUGUGGAAAGGCAAAAUUAUGGCUCGACCCCUCCGAGGCCCUUCUUAUCUCCGUGGCCAAUUCCCGUAUGGACAUAAGAAGGCUUGUGAAGGAUAGUGUUAUUAUCAAAAAGCCUAACGUAAGUCGCUCAGGAUGGAGACACAGGAAAGGCAAUCCCAGGAGAGAAGGAUACGGCAAGAGAAAGGGAACAAGGGAAGCAAGGCUACCAUCCAAGCUUUUGUGGAUGAGAAGAUGUCGUGUCCUCAGGCGACUCCUUCGGAAGUAUAGGGAAAUGAAGAAGAUCGAUAAGCACAUGCACCAUGAAAUGUAUCUGAAAGCCAAGGGAAGCGUUUUCAAGCACAAACGUGCACUUCUUGAGACCCUUCAUAAGGCUAAGGGUGAUAACGAUCCCAAGUUUCAUUUUGAUCAGAUUAUAGCUGUUAAAACCAUGGGUAAGUCAGGUACCAAGGAGAAUAGGAUUCCAUGGAGGAACCAAAAUUUGAAUCCAUCAAUGGAAGUUAUGAAUGCGUUUAAUAAUGUUAAUUUAGUUUGAAAGUUUGUGUACAAAUAAAGUCGAUGUAAUUAUGCU